GUAUCUCUCACUUACAAGCUAGCUCCCCAGAAGGAAGCUGUGGUCUCUCUACGUCCUGUUCUCUCUUGCUUAAGAGCAAAGCUGACACUUGGGCCUCGCCUUCUGAAAAUGCCAGGCUUUAGCUGGCUGCAGGGGGAAGCCCAGUAGCUCCCAGCGGGAACGGUGGAGUGGGGCCUUUCCCUGGCUAUCCCGCUUCCUAACAGUAAUCAUGGAGAGUGAGCCUGGAAUAGUGUCCCCUUUCAAGCGCGUCUUCCUGAAAGGUGAAAAGGGUCGGGAUAAGAAGGCCCAGGAGAAGGUGACGGAAAGGCGUGCUCUGCACACGGUGCCUCUUUCGUUGCCUGAUCGCUUUGAGCCGGACGUCCUCCUGAACGAUUACAUUGAAAAGGAAGUGAAGUAUUUAGGUCAAUUAACAUCUGUCCCAGGAUAUCUGAAUCCCUCCAGUCGUACUGAAAUUCUGCAUUUAAUUGACAAUGCAAAGCGAGCGCGUCAGCUUCCUGGCCAGCUGACCCACGAACACGAUGCUGUGAUCAGCCUCUCAGCCUAUAAUGUCAAGCUGGUCUGGCGAGAUGGCGAAGACAUCAUUCUCAGGGUCCCCAUCCACGACAUUGCGUCGGUUUCCUACAUCCGGGAUGAUUCCUCACAUUUGGUGGUGUUGAAAACAGCUCAGGACCCCGGGAUUUCCCCCACCCAGAGUCUUUGUGCUGAAAGCUCGAAAGCUCUCACAUCAGGGUCACUUUCAGAGACCGGAGUGGUUCCGAUUGAAGCUUGUUGCCUGGUGAUCCUGGCCACAGAGAAUAAAGUAACCGCGGAGGAACUGUGCUCCCUUCUCAGCCAAGUCUUCCAUAUUGUUUACACGGAAUCUACCAUAGAUUUCCUGGACAGAGCAAUAUUUGAUGGGGCCUCCACACCAACCCGACAUCUGUCUUUGCACAGCGAUGACUCGUCUACAAAAGUGGAUGUCAAAGAUCCCUAUGAAACAGAAGCAAGCACUUUUUCUUUCCCCGAGUCCUUGGAGACGGGUGGCAACUCCCCUUCCUCCUUUUCGGCACAGCCAUCGCCCCCCGCCAAGACAGCCAGCGACAGCGAGUUGAGCACCACUGCAACAGAGCUGCUCCAGGACUACAUGAUGACGUUACGGACAAAACUCUCUUCUCAUGAGAUCCAGCAGUUUGCCAUGCUUCUGCACGAAUAUCGCAACGGGGCGUCCGUACACGAGUUCUGUGUCAACCUGCGGCACCUGUAUGGGGAUAGCCGGAAAUUCCUUCUCCUGGGCCUUCGGCCCUUCAUUCCAGAGAAGGACAGCCAGUACUUUGAGAACUUCCUAGAAACCAUUGGCGUGAAGGACGGGCGGGGCAUCAUCACGGACAGCUUUGGGAGAUACAGGUGGACUGUGAGAACUACCUCCAACUCCACGACGAACGGCAACGGAGCCACGGGCAGCUCGGACGACCAGUCUGCGCCCUCGGAGGGGGAUGAAUGGGACCGGAUGAUCUCAGACAUCAGCAACGACAUUGAAGCCUUAGGGUGCAGCAUGGACCAGGAUUCUUCCUGAAGGGAGAACCAGCAGGGAAGCCCAGACCUGGCCCUCUCUCCCACCCCUGACGCCCCCCACCCCGUUUUCUCUAGGGAUAACGGCCGCUUUUCUGUUCCGGGUGAAUUCCGACCUCCGGCCUUUUCCAAGGGUCUGAUCUGGUGCCCGUCACAGGCUCCCCUCCAGGGCUCCCUUCUGUGAAGGAGUGAAAGCAAGCGACCUGUGAAAAAAUACAGCCUUGGGUUUCCCCUUGCUGGGGGGUGAAUUGCAGAGAAGCCAUGAAUCCAAGGAAGAGCAGCACAAGCCUCUCUGGGGGCUACCAGCCUCCCCCCGAUUUACAGUUUUGCACAUGACCUUUCUAACGCUUGCGCGUGCAUGUAUGAAUGUGUUUCAUGACCUUCAUCACAAUGUGAAUACCUUUAAAUUCCAAGCAUUUGUCUUAACAUAUCAAACCAGGAGGGGGCCUGGCCGGAAAGCCGAGAGCCCCAGCCGUGGCAGGAGGUGAGCUUCCCCAGUGGGCUCACCUUCCCAGCAGGCAGCCGGGAGGUUGGGCAGCGCAGGGGAUCAGUAGCAGUCUGAUGGGGACGCAGUUACCUCGGCCUCGGGGCUUACUAAGGGGGGGUGCGCGAGGCCUCCUCAGCUGGAAUGCGAGAGCCCGGCUGAGAAAUGCCAACAGUCUCCUUCGAGAGGUGCCCCAGUUCGUUGGCCUGUCCAGGUCUGCGCAAACCAUCCCCAUCUUGGCCAGGUUCUGACUGUGCCAAGCUGCGGGGCCUCAGGGACUGGACUGGCCUCUUGAGCAGGGCAUGGGGGGGUCUUGCGGUGGGCUUUCAGUGGCGGGGAGGGCUUGGUGUUCUUCCAAAGAGGCAGCAGUGAGGGGGCAGUUUGGGAUCCACCAGAAUUGGUGCGGGUGAAACUGACUGCUCUUCCCGUGUGAGAGGGGAGAGCGAGACUUUUUGAUUCUGGUUUGUUUUCUAAAGGAGCAAGGAGUGGAGGCAAUAUAUACAUAAUGUAUAUGUGUUGUAUAUAUUAUACAUAUAAAUGCACAGUUAUUUUUGUAAGUGUAUUUCAUGCCACAAGAGCUCUCCUGGCUACUAUAAACUGACAUGUAUGCUCUUUUAGCCCUUUGGGAA